AUGGCAUUCUGCACCAAUAAAUGCGUAGAUAAUCUAGAAUGUGUGGCACUAGACGUUUGCGAUUUUUAUGGAGAGGAGAAGAGCUGUAGACUCGUCAGGUCUUUGAAAAUUAAUUUAACAACUACGGAUUAUGGCAAAACCUGCCGGAGAUACAAAAUGGAUAAAAGGUGUGGAGAUGGUGAACUUAAUGAAGAAAUCCUUAAACGAUGCAUACUCUAUCUGUGCGACUUUGAGACAACUACGGAACCAUCCUGCUUUCUGACGGAAACAACAGAUGACAUUUUCAACUGGUCAAGGAAAUCGGGAAAGACUGGUUCUUCUAGUACUGGUCCUAAUGGCGCAAAAGUCGGCACCUACUACAAGUUCAUAGAAGCAUCUUCACCUCGAGUUAAUGGGCAAACCGCUAAAUUGGUCAGCAACAAAGAUUUCGAAGAUAAGGCAUACUGUCUUUCCAUGUACUACCACAUGUACGGACAAACAACCGGAACUUUAAAGAUUCAGACCAGGACCGGAAAUGACCCGGCAGUGACUCACUGGGAACUGUCAGGUAACCAGGGAAACCAAUGGUACAGCAUUGAUAGACUCAAUCUCCCUCUGAACAGCAAUACUAAGAUAAUCAUCGAAGCUACCAGGGGAAGAGACUUCUACAGCGACAUCUCUGUCGACUACAUAGUGUUGUGGUCCUUUGCUUGUCCCUAA